CGAUACGUCCCCUUCUUGAGCAAUCCCCGACUGCGCACCCUUGCGAGAGCCUUGUCCCCAGGCUUCCUGAGGUUUGGUGGCACCAAAACAGAUUUUCUGAUCUUCGAUCCCGGCAGGGAUUCAACCCCAGAAGAGAAAAUCCUUCAGGAACUCCAGGUGAAGCAAGUCUGUCAAUCCCUAUCUGGGUUUUCGGCUGUUGAGAACCUGCUCCUCGCCCAGUGGCCCACCCAAGAGAAGCUAAUUCUUAAGGAGCAGUACCGGAAAAAGCACAAAAACACCACCAUUACAAGAAAUACAGUGGACAUCCUGUACAACUUUGCAAACUGCUCACAGUUUCACCUGAUCUUUGGGCUCAAUGCCCUGCUGCGGAAAAACGGCCUGCAGUGGGACAGCUCGAACGCGCGGCUGCUGCUGGAUUACUGCGCGUCGCAGGGGUACAACAUGUCCUGGGAGCUGGGCAAUGAGCCAAACAGCUUCAGGAAGAAGUCUGGCAUCUACAUCGACGGUUUCCAGCUGGGACAGGAUUUCAUUCACCUGCGGCACCUGUUGAAUAACUACACGCUGUACCGGCGGGCGCAGCUGUACGGCCCCGACGUGGGGCGGCCGCAGAAGCACACGCAGAAGCUGCUGCGCAGCUUCCUGAAGUCAGGAGGGAAGGUGAUUGAUUCUGUCACUUGGCAUCACUACUAUGUGAAUGGACGACAUGCUACAAGAGAGGAUUUCUUGAGCCCAGAAGUGCUGGAUACUUUUGCCACAGAUAUACGUGAUGUCCUUGAGAUUGUUGACGGAACCGUACCCAACAAAAAGGUUUGGUUAGGAGAAACCAGCUCAGCGUAUGGAGGUGGAGCUCCCAAACUGUCCAAUACCUAUGUCGCUGGCUUUAUGUGGUUGGACAAACUUGGCCUUUCAGCCAGGCAGGGAAUUGACGUGGUGAUGAGACAGGUGUUCUUUGGAGCAGGAACCUACCAUCUGGUGGAUGCAAAUUUUGAACCUUUGCCAGACUACUGGCUUUCGCUGUUGUACAAGAACCUGGUGGGCACCAAGGUGCUGCGUGUCGGCCUAAAGGGAGGCGCCCAGCGGCAGCUCCGCGUGUACCUGCAUUGCACAAACACCCACCACCCAAAGUACAGAGAUGGGGAUGUCACGUUGUUCGCUUUAAACCUCUACAACUCGACCAGAUAUUUGCAGCUACCUGUCGGCUUAUCCAGCAAGCACGUGGAUGAGUACCUGCUCCUACCGCAUGGCAAAGACAACAUACUUUCCAGGUCUAUUCGAUUGAAUGGCCAUGUCCUAAAGAUGGUGGAUGACAAAAUGUUGCCAGCACUUACUGAAAAAUCCCUUGGUCCAGGGAGUACUCUCGGCCUUCCAGCUUUUUCUUACGGGUUUUAUGUUAUCAAAAAUGCCAAAGCUACUGCUUGCAUCUAA